CUGGGUUGCCUGUUGCACCGCAGCCAUAUUCAGCGAUUUACGAACUAUCAAAUCUCGUGAUUGGGUCGGGUUGAGCGAGGGGCAGCACCGCCUCAAAUGCCCGCUUUAUUUGGUAGGGGUUUGGCUUGGGUGCUUGGCCGAAUUCCGAAUCCCAAGAAGCAUUGGUAACAGGUCAAAACACUCUCCUCCUGCAUCUAACUUCAACCUGACAUCCUGUCAUUACUGUACCUUUGUCACGUUGUAUCAGUGUCUCCAAACCCAUCAGAACCUGCAUUGAUUUAUCAGCGUUAAACGCAUCUUUAUACCCGCAUCGCAAGUCCGGACCCUUUCGGCCGCACCAUCCGCAAUCAUGGCCUCAGAUCGCCAGACUAUUAUUGAAGUGAACCGGUCGCUUCGUAAUAUCAAAAAUGAACUCGAGAACCUCCUUGAACGAGGCGUGAUUGACGACUCCGUCUACGAUACCAUCAACACCGCUCUUCCCGCCGAGUCCUCCCUCUCGGGCCCCCUCAAGACUGCGACCGGCAACAAGAACAACAACACCGCCGCUGCUAAGGCCGCUUCUCCCGCACCGGCCGCUCACGCGCCUCCUACCAAGGCCUUCGAGGAUCUCAAAGUCAAGUCGCAUUCGCCCGCGCCACCCGCUUACGAUCAGACACCUCCUCCUGGUCCUCCCCCCCGCAACAUCAAGCCUACUGUUGCCAACGCCCGCGCCCUGUACCGCUACGCUGCCUCCGACGGUCGUGACCUGGGAUUCGAGAAGGAUGAUCGUAUCGCCGUGUACGAGUACAUGAACCAGGAUUGGUGGAUGGGCCGGAACGAGCGCACAGGACAGGAGGGAAUCUUCCCCCGCAACUACGUUCUCGUCGACCAGGAGACCAAGAAACCUGUGGCGCCUAUUCCCCAGCCUCAGUACGGCUACCCUGCUUACGCUCAGGGUCCUCCUCCUCAACAGAAUCCUUACAACUCGCAUGUGCCACCUAUGGCUGUCGCCGAGGGAUCUGGACAACCGCAGGGACAGGAGGGAGACGGCAAGGAUAACAAGGUCAACGAGUACGGCAAGAAGUUUGGUAAGAAGCUGGGUAACGCAGCUAUCUUUGGUGCUGGUGCCACCAUCGGAGGAAACAUCGUCAACAGCAUUUUCUAGAGUCUCUACAGUGGAAAGAUGCAUUGGCUUGCUUUUAAGUCACUGGGCGCAUAUACUGGGCGUUAGGGAUUCGAAAGGUUCAUAGACAAGUAUCUCAGGACGAUACUGAGCCUGUGGUCAGUCUUAGUUUAGUAUACAGGAGUUUAAAUGACCGCUGCUAAGAUAAGGAUUUGCUUGCAUAUGAAAUGAUUGGCGCAAUACCCGUGAAGCCGAUAUUUAAAUUCAAU